AUGCCAUCUGGGCUCUCAAAACUUUGCUCUCUCCAAACCGUCUGGGUCCUGUCCGCCCUGCUGCCUCUCGUUCACGCAAGCGUCUUGAGCGACCUUCGUCAUAAUUACUUUGCGCCGACGCCAGCCCCCGAAGACGGUCCUACCUUUUCAGCCCACGCACUUCGCAACAAGAAAUAUCUGCCCAUCGAGGUUGGCGGCAUUGUCGGAGCCUACGCCGUUGCUCUCAUCUUUGUCGCCAUCGGACUCUUGAGCCUUUCCAAGACUCGCCGCGACCACCUUCUCCUCGACGAUGAAGACGAAGCCGACGCAUACGCCGCCGCCUUUGAGCAGAUUUGCAGUCCAAGAUUUCCAACAGAGACUGACCCAUUCCCACUGGCUGGGAAGUUUGUCGGAGGACAGGUUCCUAAUUUUUCGUACAAGUCGCCGACUAGAAGCGAGUUCAACGGCACGCCCUACAUUCACCCACCCGUCUCUCCUGCACACACAUCCGUACCGGGUGUGGAUUUUCAAGUCGACCAGAACGUUGUUGCAGCAGACCGCGAAAUGGCACAGAAUCAGCUCGAGGAUAUGUAUAAGCAUGUGAUGGAGCAUGAGGAAGCCAAGGAGAAGGGAGUCGUGCUCGAAUCACCCGUCGUUGGACCGGCUAGUCAGCGCGGCAGCGCCACGUCCAAGAAAAGCAAGCCCACAAGCCUGAACCUGAAUAGCAGCAACGAGGAAAAGACCCGGUCUCGAGCGUCAUCGUUCUUCUCCGGCCUACGAUCUCCGAGAAAGAGCAAGCCCAAGGGCCUCAACAUUUCAUCGCCCAUCAUGACCCCGCAGACGGGCACAUUCCCACGCAACGAUGACCAGGAGAUGAACGCCAUCCCGCCACGGCAUUAUGCGCCCGCCGCCCCUCCCCCUGUACCAUCGGAUGGGAAUGCCUAUGUCGGGCAGGGUCGGUCUAGCGGUAUGACGCUUCCUCUUACACCACCGAACCAGUCGCCAGACAGAAUUCAGAGCAUCGACGGGCGUCUUGGCGCUCAGCUAGCCCAGAUUGACACAAACAAAGAUGUCUCGCGACCGCCGACAGAGGCAGACCCAGAAUCUGCCGUUUCGGCCGUUUCUCAGCACUCACAGGCACCUUUAUUGGGCCUUCCUUCCUCGCCAAAGCCUGGAGCGACAUUCGGCACUCUGCCCUUGUCGCCUCGUCCUGGGGCUCGCUUCCAGCGGUCAAAUGCACCGUCAGCCGUUCGCACUGGCGGAUCAUUGCCUCUUCGCGCAUACGAGCCCGCUUUGAGCUCGCCUUCAGCUGUCGGACAGACGACCAAACAAACAGUUUUUGAACGACGAGGGCCUCUUUCACCUGGUGGUGGCCAGACACCGUACACUGCGAACGCGGUCCCCUAUUCUCCAUAUCAGCCAUUUACGCCUUGCGUUCCCAUUACGCCAUCACUGGUGACAAGGGAGGACAGGAAGAGGAUGAAGAAGAUGGUGCCGAAAACUCCCACAGUGGCAAUGGUGCAAAGCUCGGAUGACUUGUGGUAA